AUGAAGAUUGGCAAUCGAAACCAAUCGUACUUGAGCUGGGGUGGAGCACGAGACCAGGUUUACGAGAAUGCUCUCCCAUCUUUGGAAUCAACAAGGCCGACGAGGAUUGUUGUCGGGAUUACAGGUGCAACAGGUGCCCCGUACGCCAUCCGCAUCUUAACCCUUCUUCACCACCUAGGUGUGGAGACUCAUCUUAUCAUUAGCAAAUGGGCAUUAGCCACACUCAAAUACGAAACAUCCAUGAGCGAAGCUGAUAUUCGAGGCCUUGCGAGUAGAUCAUACACAGCAAAAGAUCUCUCAGCACCAAUCGCUUCAGGAUCCUUUCAGCAUGACGGAAUGAUGAUCGUUCCCUGUAGCAUGAAAACUCUUGCUGCAGUACGAUCUGGUUACUGCGAUGACCUAAUAUCAAGAGCCGCCGAUGUCACACUCAAGGAAGACCGCAUACUACUCCUAGCUAUUAGGGAAACACCUUUGAGUUCUAUUCAUCUUGAGAAUAUGCUUGCUCUUCGUCGUGCUAACGCCAUCAUCUUCCCUCCUGUUCCGGCUUUCUAUACCAGGCCUGGGGGUAUCGAUGAUAUUGUCGAUCAAAGUGCUGGAAGGAUGUUGGAUAUGAUGGGAAUAUUCACUGAUGGAUUUGAGCGAUGGGAGGGGUUCAAGAAAGCUCAGACUGAGAUGUAG